UAAAUAACCCUCCCAUGACAGUCUUCUCCUCAUCACUACAAAGUAAGCCUCCCUUUUCAAGUCUCUUACAAAAGCUUCAUAUAUAUACAUAUCUAUACAUACAUACAGCUAGCACUCAAAGCGUGAUCUGUUUACAUCUCUCUAUAUAUAUACAUGGAUACAUCACUCAGAGGCAUGGUGGGAAGUAGCCCACUUGUGAUAUUCAGCAGGAGCAAUUGUUGCAUGAGCCACACUGUGGUGACACUCAUUAGCAACUUUGGUGCAAACCCAACAGUUUAUGAGCUUGACCAAAUUCAAAAUGGACAACAGAUUGAGAGGGCACUGCAGCAGCUUGGGUAUCGGAACGUACCGGUUGUGUUCAUCGGCCAACAAUUGAUUGGAGGAGAGCAGCAAGUGAUGAGCCUUCAUUUGAGGAAGGAGCUUGUUCCACUCCUCAAAAGGGCAGGAGCUCUAUGGCUUUGAGCUUAGAUAACCAGUUUUCAUGGCAUUACCUUAUGUACCUUACUUCUUCUGAGGGGGUGAUGAUCACUGUUACAUUCAUCUCCCUUUGUGUUUGUAGCUUCGAAUAAGUAAAUAAAGUUACCAACUUUAACA